AUGGCGAAACUCACCCCUGAGUCUACCGUCACGCUCAACACUGGUUACAAAAUGCCAAUUAUAGGACUUGGAACCCCUCCUGAUGUCACCGAGUCUCUCUGCACCGACGCCCUCAACGCAGGCUCCAGACACAUCGACUCAGCGGACUGGUACGAUAACGAAGCGGGCUGCGGUGCCGCCAUCCGCGCUGCGGCAUCGAGUAUCCCCCGCGAGCAGAUCGUCUUCACGUCCAAGGUGCCCUACACCAAGAUGAGCUACGAGGCGGCGCGCGACGUGGCCGUCCAGGCCUACUGCCCGCUGCCCGCUGGUCCGGGGCAAGCGAUGGGGCGAGCCGGUGCUCCAGGCGCUGGCGGGCAAGUACGGUACGGCGUCUCGGACGGAGGCGCAGGUGCUCCUGCGUUGGGAGCAUGCAUGCAGAAGGGCUUCGUGCCGUUGGCCCAAGAGCGUCAACCCGGAGCGCAUCAGGGCUAA